AUGGGUACUGAGGCCGACAUCGAGAAAGUCCCCUCCGCUUCGGCUAGUGCGAGACCGGAGGAGACCAAGGGCACGAGCAGUGUGUAUGUGGACGUCGAGGCGGAGAGGAGCUUUGUGCGCAAGGUGGACUUUUAUGUCCUGCCUUUGCUGUGUUUGAUGUACUUCUUCGACUGCAUGGACCGCAGCAACCUGGCCAACGCCAAAACCGACGGCCUGGAGGUGGACAUCAACCUUCAGGGCAACGACUACUCGUUGCUUAUUUUGCUGUUUUAUAUCCCCUUCGGUCUGUUUGACUUGCCCUGGAACCUGCUGAUUAAACGGUACUCGGCGCGGAUUAUGCUGUCAUUUAGCUUCUUCGCCGGCUCGACCUUCUACUUCACGCUCUUCUACACCCGCAACGAAAUGGGCUUCCGCCUCGCCAUCCUGCAGUCCUUCGCCGUCCUCGCCUCCGCCUUCUCCGGCCUCAUCUCCUUCGGCCUCUUCCAGAUUAACCACCCCACCGUGAAAGGCUGGCAGUGGCUGUUUAUCGUGGAGGGGUCGAUGACGCUCAUCAUCGGGGUGAUUGGGUUCUGGUGGCUCCCGGACAGAGCGCAGAGCGCGUGGUUUCUGAACGAGCGCGAACGAGCGGCGGCUUCUGCACGCUUGCUGCGUGAUACCUCGGCCGAGGUCGAGACGAAGCUCGAGCUCAAGGCUGCGUUUAAGACGUGGAGCGAUUGGAAGUUCCCCGUCUGGGCGGUCAUCACCUUUACGUACCCCGUUGCGUACGCGACGGCGAUGAAUUUCUUCCCGAUUAUCGUCGCGCGCCUCGGCUACAGCGUGAUCAAAACAAACCUGUGGACCGUCGCCCCGAACCUCGUCGGCGCGGUCGUCCUGCUCGCCGUUGCCAAAUCCUCCGACUACUUCCGCGAGCGCAGCAUGCACAUCAUCCUCAGCCUGCUCAUCUCGCUCGUCGGCAUGCUGAUUCUCGCAGCCAUCAAUGUAGGCAACAACAAGGGCGUCGCGUACUUCGCGUGCUUCCUGCUCGCGAGCGGCGCGUAUAUACCCACGUGUUUGGUGCACGCGUGGCACAACAACAAUAACACGGAUGAGAACUCAAGGGCGGCUAAUACGGGGUUCUUUGUUGGGCUGGGGAAUAUCGCGGGUGUGUUGAGUGCGGCGACGUUCAGGACGGAGUAUGCGCCGCGCUAUGUGCCGACGCUGGUGGCGACGUGCGCGUGUAAUGGGGUUUGUAUUCUGGCUACGGCGUUUUUGGGAUUCUGGAUGAGGGCGGAGAAUCGACGGAGGGAUAAGGCGCAGGGGAGGAGGAUUGUGGCGGGCCAGGUUGAGACCAGGAUGCUGGGGGAGGGCGAGGGCAGUCCGGAGUGGCGGUAUUUCUUGUAA